AUGACUCAGAAAAAUAGACCAGACGUGGUCAUUCAAAUAGAAGACGAGGAUGUGGUGCAACCCACCACAAGGACCAAACCAAAGAGAAAACGCCAUCGUGGCGCUCACACCACCAAACACUACCGCAAAAAGAAGGAGAAGAAACCAGAAGGCGCCACUACAACUUUGAAACGAUUUGCGGACUUUGCUUUUCCAUCAUUUCUCACCAACUUCCUAUUCGGGGAAACAGAUGCUUUUAAACUAUCCAAGUUCUUCUUCGGAUUCGGCUUUGGAGGCUUCAUGGGACUUGCCAUCUACAUAUCUCUGAUUGACAGCCUAAAACUACCGGAAAGUGUGAAAAUACUCAUUUUAAUCAUUCUAACAGUGACCUGCGGCUGUGGGUGGGGCUUAUCCAUCGUUUUCAGAUGCACCACCCUGAACAUGGUGCCCACUAUCCUGGGACAGGAAGGACGCGCAUUACUACUGGUUAUUGCUAUCGCCGGUAUAUAUGCAGGUCCAGGAGCCAAUAUCAAGCACAACAGUUGGGAGGUAGCACGUUCGAUUGGCUGUACAGCAGAACUUCAAGUUAAUAACACAAAGCUGCUGUGGAAGAUGUUGUCAGCGCCGGUGAAAAGUAUCCUAAAAAAUGUCAUGGUAAGGCUCAUUCACAUCAUGGCAUAUUAUUGCCAAACCCAGAGCAGAUCUUCCCAUGUCUGGCCAAAACGAACGAGUGAAUUUAAGGGCAUUGGAAAAGAAGUGAAGUCUUCAUUUACAGACACCAAAGAAGAAGUCGAAGGUGAAAAGGGAUAUAACGUUCAGAAAGAGAAACAGCUGCACCAGAAGAGCUUUGUGCCGACAACACAGAAGAAGUUUGAUGUGAAGACUAUGCUACGUUGUGAAUAUAUCAUCCAACUUGGUGUCACCAAGUGUGAAGAAUGGUUCGCGAAAAAACAUGAAGAAUGCAUGUGGGCAGUUUUUCUGCCGAUAAUCAACCACAUCCUGUGCUCACCUAUGAAGCUUUCAAUCCUGUGUUACAUUUUAAACAUUGGAGAAUCAUGGUGCAAGAAACGUAUUCCUUAUGAAAAUCAAUUUGGAGAGAUGUACGAUCAAGCCAACUCAGCCGUAAGCAAUGUGGGCAGUGCGGUUUCCAGCAAACUCAUCACAGAGAAGGAAGACGAUGUUGGUGCUGGAGAAAAGAUAACCAAAAUGAGCAUGAAGGACAAGAUCUUAAUGGCGGUUGAAAGGAGAGUUCAUCUUACAAAUAUCUUUUUCCUUUACAGGGCCUUCAACUACACCAAACAAUAUAAUUCUGACAUCCGGCAUGACAACUGCUAUGUGACGACCUACUUCAAACGGAUUGAUGCAAGGCGUAAGAAAGAAAGGAGCAGAUAUCUACUGCCGAUGAAGAAAGAAGAAACUUCCAAAUUAGUUUUUCCAUUUAGUCUCAAAGUCCAGGGACAAGAGAUGGCAUCAAUAAGAUCGGAGUUAUACAUAAGUAUCUUACUCUUAGCAUCUCUUAUUCUAAUUGUGGCAUUCGACAGGACCCUCUUUCACAUUCUGGAUGUAAUAAGGAGGCAUUCAUCCAUUUCCUAUGUCUUUGCAAGUAAUCACAAACUGGAGGUCGAGGUGGGAGGAGACACCUUGAUGGCGAAUAUAUUAAGAAGAACAGUUGGCCUUCUAAAUUCAACGUCAAACACAUUCGAGACCAGCAGCAAUGAAGAGUGCCUCCUGAAACCAACUAAACUGACAUUCUGGGAUUACGUCAUAGCCUGUCUACCCAUAUUUGGACGUAUUCUCUUUAUGUUCCUUCAAGUCUACCUAAAUCGCCUGUGCCGAGUCAUAGCAUCUUAUUACUUUCCAGAGAGAGAGAAACAGAGGGUCGAGUGUUUUUAUAAUGAACAACUCCGGAAGCGGAGCAUCUAUGCUGACAUCAUUAGGAAGAAAAUCCUGUAUAAAGUCCGGAACGACCGACUAAAUGUGAAGACCACAAUGGGCGCUUUCACCAAUCGUUGGACUAAAUGGAUGGUAAGAUUCCUCAGAAGACGCUGCAUAGUGUGUAAUCGAAGUGAGACGAAGAAAUCAUUUGUGUGUCCAACACCGGAUUGUGAAAGCGUCUACUGCCGUUUGUGCUGGAGGGACAUGAGAGAAAUCUGCUUUGCAUGCAAACCAUAUGAGGAUUUCAUUCAAGGUCCUGAUUACAGUGACACUGAGUAG